GAUGUUGGUGAUGGUGGCGGCGGUAGUGGUGAUGUUGGCAAUGGUAGCGGCAGUGACGAUGAUGUUGGCGAUAGCGGUUUUGCCGACGUUCCGGUGGCUCCCUCUAGUGCAUGUUUAGAGAAUAGCACGUCGAUCGCACGCGGCAGCCUCUCGUCUGUCGCCGUGGCGACGGCCGACGACGAUGCUCGCUCCCGUUACCGUGACGACGGUCUGCUUGCAGCCGGCGCGGCGCAUGCGGCGCCCACUGUCGAGAUAGACGUGCGUUACCGUGACGACGAGGAUCCAUACGACGAAGUUCCGUUUGAGUUUCUGUCCGAAGCCGAGCAGACGGAGUCGACGCCCGCGGCGACGGAGGUGUCGACUGAGGUCGUGACCCCGGCGCCGGCGACGCUGGAGGUGGCGCCCUCGGUGGCGGCGAAGGAGGAAAAACCGAAAUACCACAAGUACUUCGAAUUUGUGGCGCGAGGCCAGGACGAGCUGAGCAUACUCCCCGGCGACGUGAUACUGGUGGCGACGGAGCAGCACCCGGAGCCCGGGUGGCUCGGCGGAGAGGUGGAGGGGAAGACUGGAUGGUUCCCGGAAGCGUACGCAGACAGGAUGACGGAGGAAGCGCAGACGCCAGACACGAUCACACGCGACCUGUUCGGCAGCACGGCGGCGCCAUCUAGUCUCAGCGAGAUCAAGGAGAGCGGCGAGGCGGCCACGGUGGCGCCCUCUGCUGCUGACACGCCGCCGUCGGACUACGGCGGAGUGCCGGACAGCAUGCGAUCGACGCCCCCUGGUGGCGAGGGUUUCAGAGAGGUGACGACGACGUCGUCACAGAAACAGACGACGGCGGCGCCCGAGGGUCUGCAGGCGCAGGCCCUGUGUCCUUGGAAAGCGAAGAAGGACAACCAUCUGUCCUUCAGUAAGGGUGACGUCAUCCUUGUCAAAUAUCAACAAGAUAUCUGGUGGUCCGGCGAACUCAACGGCAAGAUCGGAUGGUUUCCCAAAUCCUACGUGAGGCUCAUCUCAGCUGCUAGGAAACAUCAAAGGUGA